AACUGCUCUUAUUCUGAAAGAACAGGACCGGAUGUUUUCACGGGUAGCGGGGAACAUGAAAAUAGUUCAGUAGUAAAGAAGCUACAGAUUUAGUAAAGAAGCUACAGAUUUAAUUUUACAGGCUAAAUAUAAGUGAUAUCGUGUCACACAAGUUAAGGAAAGAUCGAAUCACUUAAUAAUGAGCCUACACGUAUUUUGAUAUAUGUUUAUUUUAACGCGGCAGCAGGAAACGGCUUCAUGAUAGUAGCGGCUAAUGCUAGCUGACCUGCUGUUGUGGUCGAUCUGUGACUCUUUGUAAGAAACCACUGAAAUGGAGUUUGGUUACAGACAGUUUGUACUGUUUUUUUUGCUCUAGAAUAACUGUUCCGUUUUAACGGUGUGUAAGCAGUAAGGUAUUGCGGACAUCAGUCAUAUUGAUUUUAUAUCAUAGUAAAGGUUUAAACUGAUACACACAGAUGGAUAGAUCCCCUGUGUUGAAUACAGCUGGUGCAGAAAGCGAAGAUUUGAUGUGUGAUUCAGUGAAAUGCUACAUUUGCCUGAAUCCCUUUGAGAAGCAGACUGUGGGCUCUCUGGAGAACUGCCAGCACGUCUUUUGCCUUGAAUGUAUUCUCCAGUGGUCCCAGACAGCUAACACUUGCCCAGUGGAUCGCAUCAGUUUUACCUUAAUCUACCAGAGAAGGAGCCCUGGAGACGAUGUUCAAAAGAAGAUCAAAGUGAGCGUACGAAAAAAUGAAGAUGGUGGCGAUGAAGAGGAGGGGAGCAGUGCUGCAGUUAUCUGUGAGGAAUGUGGUCGUGGAGACCGGAGGCACCGGCUUCUGGUGUGCAUACUCUGUGAUUCAGGUUACCAUAUGCACUGCUUGAGACCAACUUUAAACAUGAGACCUGAAGGUGACUGGGUUUGUCCCGAGUGUGCAGUGACUCCUCAUGUUACAGAAAGCUCCCUGACAGAGGAGGAGAUCAGUGAUGGAGAACUUACAGAUCUCCUGGCUGAAGUGGACGAAAUUCCCUCUACCAGCAGUCGUCUUCGGCCCUCCACCACAAAUCGGCCCAGCAGCUCCACCGAACGGCGACGCAGCGCAAGAAUCCUGAGCAGAGGCGGCAGCAGUCCAAGCUACGGACCACAAACCUCCUGGCAUGUACCAAAAUAUCUGCUGAGGGCAUCAAAGCCUCCAGUCCCAACUGAUAAAGCUCAUAAUCAGAGUGAAAGCAGCCAUGCUUCAGUCAAGAUAAAGAGAAGAAAGAGGGGGAGGAGGAAGCAUGCAGCCUAAACUCUGCACUGCUGACAAGAGAAAGGAAAGUCAGUCUGUCUCACCUGAUCAGAAUCAGCAUUUAGUACAGUAAUGAGGUCGUGCAAAAUUCAUACUAUGAAUACUGUAUUUGUGACCCCCUCGUAACUUUCCAAGUACAGGAAAUAGCCACAUGAAUUAAUCAGUUUUAUACCCUCUUUAAGUGUCACAAUCUAAUGUUCAAAUCUGUAUAAUUUAUCUCUAGCUCUACAACAAACUCUGAGUAGCUGUAUCAUGGGAUAUGUCACAGUUUAAAUUGCAAAACUGCACCAAUCUAUGAUCUAGAGCAGGGGUGGGCAAUUAAUUUUCCCAAGUUGCUAUGUAACAAACUAGGAUUUUUGUGGAGGGUUGCACCAAUGAGCUGAACUCAUUUCUGCUCAAUAUUAAUUUCAUCUUUUUAUAAACUGCUACAAGUAAAGAUCAGAUGUUACAGUUAGGUCCUAAUUGUGCCCACUUGAAGAACUGAAUUGAUACCUCACAUGUGAAGAAACAAAAACAAGCAUUGAUACCCUGUUUGAUCUGUUUGAGAACUUAAAACAUACGAACAACUCAGUCCUAACAUUACAUCGAUCAGACAGCUUCAUGUCCUGAAGUUUCUCAAAAUCUAGAAGCGUCUGGAUCCAGAGGGUGGAUAUCGUCAUUAAAGACCCAGCUGCUACAGGUGACCACAAGGUGGCAGCAUUGUAUUUGCUGAGAAACAGGUUCAGGUUCAGUGCAAGAGGCUACAGUUAAGAUACAGCCCAGGUGGUUCAACUUUAAGGCAAGCUGAUUUCUAUACAGUUUUUUAAAAACCCAAACUUUCAAUAAAUGUUUUUCUUUAUCUAUUGUUUUUUUUGUUUUUUGUUUUGUUUUGUUUUCCAUUUGGAAAUUUAGAAUUACCAAAUAUAACAUUGAGCAAUGACAAAAAUCUAACCCUGUUGGAGAAUAUUAUUUUUACAUUUUUUAGAUUGUUCUAAAUUAUGAGUGGGGCAAAUAAUAUUUGCUUAUAGCUCCUGUGUGGUAGAGAACGAUGACCCAAGUUUGUGACCCAAGCAAACCACAGUAAUAGCCAUUAUCCACAAAUGGAGAAAACUUGGAACGGCGGUGAACCUUCUGAUGAGCGGCCAACCUACGAAAAUUACUCCAGAAUUACUCAUCCAUGAGGUCAUAAAAGAAACCGGAACAACAACGAAAGAUCUGCAGACCUCGCUCACCUCAUUUAAGGCCAAAGUUCGUGAUUCAACAAUAAGAAAGAGGCUGAACAAAAAUGGCAUCCAUGGGAGAGCUCUAAGGUGAAAAUCACUGCUGAUCAAAAAGAACAUAAAGGCUCAUCUUAUGCCAAAAAACAUCCCAAGACAUAGGAAAAUAUUCUGUGGACUGACAAAAGUUAACACAUGAUUUAAUAAAAAUGUCAUAGCAACA